GAGGAAUGCACAAAACAUGUAAAUAGAUCAAGACUUGCUUACUAUUUUUUUACGUUCGUCUAAUCAUUCAUGAUAUUUCGUAAAAUAUAUUCUACCCAUCGCACAAGAAGGAAGUAAAAAUACGAAGGACUUCAUUCAGAUGUGUAAUGUAGAUCUUUCGGCGAGAUCUGACAAUUACCGAAGUGCAGUUCUCUAGAAGCCCUUUUCUUUUGUCACUUGUACAUCUACAUUACUACAGGGUUAAGUGGCAAUCCUAUCGGAAAGAAGCAACAAAAAUGUCAGUAGAUAGUGCCAUCAUACCAAUGUGUGAUAUACAUCACGAAGAUGUAGCUCAAGCUCUCUGCCAUUAUCACAAGAAAUUACUUUGUCUAAGUUGUGUCUUGGAAAAGGCGAAAUCUCCGGAGUGUUCGUUUACGGAACUCCGAAAAAUUUCAGGAGACAAAGACACCCUAAUGGUAGAAUGCCUAUCAGUGAAACAAAUGACUGCCAAGAAGAAACGACUAUUAGACGAUCACGAGCAAAAGACCAGCACACUGAAAGAUAAAUUGGAAAAAAAUGUAAUUGAAUUGCAUGAUGAACUAACAACGCGCCUCGUCGGCAUGAAAGAUAAGUGUUUGAUGACAAUUGAUAAAAGCGCCAAAACUGUCACAGCAGGAAAUGAACAGAUCAAGCAGCAACUUGUUACACUUGAAACAGCAAUCAAUGACACUAUUGACAAGUUGUCAGCUGAAUCAAUUGAAGAUGUCGUUGACAUUCAAACUAAAUUAAAAGAAGUGAAAACGGAAGUAAUGGAAAACAUUCCAGAUAAAGACACGGUACCGGAAGGAGAUUUUAAACCUAAUGACCAUCUAAGAGAAAUAAUUAUGAAAUCAGGAGCUUCUCUCGGACACGCAUAUCUGAUAGAUCAAGAACGUUAUGCAAAAGUAGGCGAAGUAACUGAUGGUGCACGUGAUCGGACUUCAAAGCCAUGGUAUGCUUCAUCAGAUGAAAUAGUCUAUGGAACUGAAAAGGGAAAGCUAGAUUCUGCCAAAGCAGAUGUUAACACUAAACAAACUGGGUCUUUGAUAGAAGCGUCUGAGAAACAGUCGUCAGAAAGAAGCAAAAGAGAGCAAAGCACAGAAAUAGAUGAUAAAUCACAGACAUCACCUGGUGGAAAGUCAGGUAAAACGCGGGGAGGAAUAUUUAAAUGGUUUUCUUUUGAUAAAAGGAAAUCUGAUCUAUCGGAAGGGAAGGCCAAGGGAAUAGGUACUGAUACAAAAGAACAUCAACGGAUUAGCACACUUCCAAAGAAAAGAACUUCUUCUGGACCAGACAAUACGGAUUCAGAAAAUAUAUAUCAGGACAGUACUUUUUAUAGGCCAAGUUACAUGUCACCAAAAUAUCUGAUAAACAAAACAGUGAUGGCAUCAGAUAUGAGGCAACAGUUUCCUUCUGCAUGUAAGUUUUCGAAACUUGUUGAUCUCGGAGAUGGGUACAUAGGAAUGUUAUCAGAAAUUCAUAAUUCCUUGGUGCUUUUAGGAACAGAUGGACAUGUGUUUGGUAAGAAGACUUUCAAGGAAGGAAAACAUAAUAUUGCUGCCGUAGGAAAUCAAGAGAUUGCUGUAAUAGCCGAGCCCGGGCUUCAGGUCAGUAAAUUUAAAGUAAGCGGAAAGGGAUUUACAAUAGUUGCAAGUUUCAUAGUAAACGAAGAAAUAUCAAACAUUACUGGAUUCGAUUUCGAUAUUACUUCGUCAAAGUUUGCUGUAAGUUCAGUGGACAAAGUUAUUGUUCUUGACAAAAGUGGAAAGAAGUUAAAAGCUGUACCAUAUGGUACCACAAAAACACCAGAGACUAACGAAAUAGCGACAACAUAUGAUUUCAAGAAUGACUGUCUUUAUAUUUUGAACAUUAAAGAUAAAACUUUAAAAAUGUUUUCACUUGAAAAGUCGGAUGCUGUUUGGAAACGUAGGUUUGAAAGUCAUUCGGUCAUGCCGAGGAGCAUGUGUCACUACAAGGACAAACUUUGCAUUGCUUGUGGGGAUGCUGUAGCAAUUUUCUCAGCAAUAUCCGGUAAGCCUAUCGUAAAACAUGACACCAAUGAUCUUUUAGAUGACUGUCUUGGAAUAUGCGUCAUUGAUGAAGUACUUGUAUUGUCUUCAAAUUCAGACAACUUGGAGAAAUCUACAACACUCGCAUAUGUCAGCCUGUAAAACUACAUACUUGUACUCGGUCCAAGAGGAAAUGCAAAAUAUUUUAGGACUGAUGAAUCGGACACAUCUUUACUUAAAGUAGCAUAGUAAAAAUGUUCCAUUAUAGUAUCGGCCAUAACUGAUUAAAAAUUUGAUUUUUUUCUGUAUAUAGAUUUGUUCUUGUACUUAUAACUACAAUGCAUGUAGAAAUUAUUCCUUGCAUGUUUAACAGUUUUUCUUGACUGUAACUGUUGCUUAUAACUUCAAUAAUCACAGCAAAAUUUUAAUAUAGAGGAAGGAAUAUGAAUCAUAUAAUAUUCAGUUUUUGUCAAAGCAAGGUUAAAGAACGUACAGAAGUACAUACCUUCAUAAUUAUUAUUAUUUUUUUCCAACAAAAGUUUUGACGUCAAAGAUUGUUAUGUAAUACGAUUACAUUUGAAAAACGUUUAGAUAAAACAUAAUACUUAACAAAGCAUUUGAAAAUGCGUUCGUAUAUAUUUACCAAGAAUAUAAGCAGCAAUUUCGAUGGUCUGUUGCUAAGGUGAGGAAACGUGCAUCAUAUUAUAGUAUGAUUUUUAAUAUAUAAUUUAUUAUGUUAAUAUGUAUUAUAUAUAUAUUACUAUAAACAGUUACAAAACUGCGUAGGACAGAUUACAGUAACCCAGGCCAAAUAACUUAUUGGAAUUGGGAACUAUGACCGGUUCUUUACCAGUCGGGGAUGUAUGACGUCAUUUUAGUCUUAGUCAUCUCAAUGAACUAUUCGUUAACGUAAAUAUCUGUAUAAUUAUGAUAAACCUAUUUAAACAGUCGAGUAAUCAUAAUUGUGUCAAGAUAUAUAAUGAAUAGCUCAUAAAACAGCAAUGACGGUCCUUAGGCACGGUUGUCAACACCCCUAAAAACAAGGAUGAAUAUCCAACAGAGAAAGCCCCGUUCUAAAAAAAGCGCAGCCUCCCGAAACGCAAACUCAGUAGGCGGACGUGCACACGACACAAACAAAGCAAGCAAAUAAAGGAACACAGUGGGGCACCGCCUUGGAACGGUCAGUGGCAAAACCACCACUGGGGAGCUUAAACUGGUUUAUGGUGCACCUAACCUCACUCUUACCUCAAUCUAAUCCCCCCCCCCCUCCGAUGUUCCAAAGUCACAAGACCUAGAUUAUUACUCGGACAUUGUCCUCGUGCAAUUAUAGCUAAAGUCGAACUAAAAGGCACGUGAGGCUCUCCAUUGCCGUUUUAUACGUGUAUACAAGUACCUUUCAAAGAACAAUAUAAACAUGUACUGAAUGCGUUUGCAGAAGGAAGAGCCAUUUUAUAUGGUCAUAGCAUUUCAUUAUAUGCAACAGAGGUUUUCACUCGUUUGAUUAAGGUCACAGGUAAAAUGAUAUUUUAUGUAGCCUUUACCUUGCUAAAUAUCUAAAAUGGACAGGUUCAUCAUACAAUUUAGGCCGAACCGCUAAAUAUUCAAAGGGGUGUUCGCUGAAAAUAUAUUGACUGAAUAGAGAACAAUGGAGACCAUGAUCAACUUGCACGGAUGCACGGAUGUGCAGGCUGAUCUUAGUCUACACUAGUCGCAAAGGCAGAUUCACUUGCCGUCAGCAGACUAAAGGGUAGACAUGUUAUGUAAUUAUGCAAGGGUAUGUUGUAAUAACUUUUUGUGUGAGAUACUUGUUCUAUUUUCAAUAAAAGUGUAGAAAGUUGAA